AUCCAAUUUUCCUCACUUCUUUCGUUCUUUCCCAAAUUCCCCCAAAUUUCCUUCAUGAACAACUAUUAAUCUUUCCCCAAAAAAAACCAACAAGAAACAAAAUGGCUGGAUUGAAGAAAACGUCAAUUUUACGGCAAUCUUCAUAUAAUUCACUCUACACAAAUCCUCUCAUUGAUCGAAAAACCAAUGAAAAUGUAGCAGAAGUUGCUGUCAUUCCUCUUGGAAAUCACCUUUCUCUCAAAAACAGCAGCAAAAACAUAAUGAGUUGUAAGGAAAAUGAUAUUCUCAUAUCAAAAUCAAAGAAAGUUUCGAACUUUACUGAUGAUAAGGAGAAUCUAGUGCCAAAAAUGACUGAAUUCUGUACCAAGAAACAAUACCCAGAUGGGAAAUCUUUGCAGAAUUGUAAAGAACGAGCUUUGAAGCCUUCUUCUCUUCAAUUGUGUAUACAAAUGAAUGAACCCGACUCGAGUUUCGGGUUCGGGUUUGGUUUUAAGGUGUGGGAUGCUGCUGAGGAGACCGAGAACGCGAAAUCGGUUAAUAUGUGGGAUUACUCUGACUCUGAGGCUGCUCCUGCUUCUUCUUGGUCUACAUUGCCUAAUAGGGCUUUAUUGUGUAGACCACUACCAAUAGAUGUUGGAAGGUGCACUUGUAUUAUAAUCAAGGAAGCUGCACCGCAAGGAUUUCGUGGCGGUUGGUUGUAUUCUUUGUAUACCAAUGAGGGUCAAGGCAGACAAAACCGAAAACUGGCUGUUGCUUACCACAAACGACGUAGUGGACGGUCUGUAUUCGUCAUAGCCCAAAACACAAAGGGUGUAUUGUCUACCUCAGAUGACAGCUUCGUUGGUCUAGUAACAGCCAACCUCAUGGGUUCAAGAUAUUAUGUCUGGAAUAAGGGCAGGUCCCCUAGGACAAGGGUUGAUAGAUCAAGAUUGCUUGAGGCUAUUGUAGAGUUCACUCCCACCAUUGCUACCUGGACUGGGAGGCACAGAAGUCUUAGAGCAUGGAUUUCGAAGCAGCAGCCUCUGUCCACGCAGUCAAAGAAUACAACUAAUAAUCAGGUACAAAAUGUGAAGGGUCUUCCUUCACAAUGGGAGGGGAAGAUGGACCAAGAACAAGUUCAUUGCCUAUCAUCAAGAGCACCUCAUUAUAACAAGAUUUCAAAAAAAUACGAGUUGGAUUUCAGAGAGAAAGUCAGAGCUGGCCUUAGAAUUCGGAGCUCAGUUAAGAACAUCCAGCUUACUAUGAAGGGGAGUGGAGGACAAACUAUCCUGCAGCUUGGAAGAUUGGGCAAGUCAAAGUUUGUGCUAGAUUAUAGGCAUCCACUUACUGGAUACCAAGCAUUCUGCAUCUGUUUGGCUUCGAUCGAUCCAAAACUUUGCUGUGCAGUAUGAAAGGCUUUUCAUCUAUUGUUUCCUAGAUUUUUGGGGUUGCCUGCAAAUAUGUAAUUUUGUGAGUAGGAGAUGAUAUGUGUAUUAUUCAAGAAUCAGAAGUGUGGGAGAUGAUAUGUUUACUGGGAAAAAUAUGCUGCUGCUGCUACUGUAACAGAACAUUCACAUAUUGUGAAAUCGACUACUUAAGAAGCUAGUUUAUGAUAGAUAUGCUGCUUCACCAGGAAAAAUAUGCUGCUGUUGUAACAGAAUGUUCACAUAUCGUGAAAUCUAUUAAAGAAGUUAGUGUAUCAUUUGUUC